UAUCAAAUAGGGACAAACAGUUAUGAACAACAGAAACCGUAUCCACAUCUGGUAGUAUUUAAUAAAGUAAAUACUUCUUUAUGGACAGAGAGAGAAUUGUUUAAGUUGCGAUUCUAAAUCUUAUUCCAUCUGAUUCUUUUUCAUAGAAGUUACAUCAAAAUGACUUGUAAUGGCGAAAGAGAAGGCUGCUGUUACAUAAUCCAGUGGCGAAUUGAAAAUUUCAGUUAUUGUUGGCAUAAUAAAGGUGAACAAUUACUGAGUCCUUCAAUCGUGAUUGAUUCACUGAGCGAAACAAAAUGGUCAUUGUCUCUAUACCCAAGGGGAUACAACAACGGCAACUGCAUCAGCUAUUUCCUCUGCAGAGAAAAAGACAGUAAAGGACCAGAUAUCAUUGAAAUCAACUAUGAAUUGGCAUUCCUAGCUGAUGAUGGUUCAGUCUUGAAAACGAGAGGUGUCCGAAGCAGGCCAUUUAGAAGAGACAGUUGGGGAUAUGUUGCCUUUCAGAAGAGAGAAAUAAUUUUUGUCUCAGAAAGAGAAGCUUACCUGCCUAAAGAUACUUUGACAGUUCUGUGUAAAAUUUGGAAGAGUGGGGAAAAGAUUGUUGAGAAUAUGCAAUUUGUUAUGAGGACAAUUAUAAGAGUGGACUGCAGAUCAUUUAUAUGGCCCAUAAAAAGAUUCAGCAGUCUUGAACCGGAUGAAAAAAUUCCUUUAAUUAUUAAAACAGCAUUAAAGGACAUUUCUAUGACUCUAGAACUCUUUUUCAGAGGUGGACAGUUUUCAGAUGAAGUCCUCAAUAUGGCUAUUCAUUGUUUCGGUCCAAAUGUUAAAUUUUUUACAUUUCAGAUAAUGAUGCUGGAUACUAAAAGAAAUAAUGUGGAUUGUGGACAGCAUGAGUUUUGGUUCAAUGAACUUAACAAAGGAGUGUCCUUUCCCAUGCCUCUCAGUAAAAAGUUCUUAUUGAAAAAUAAAACUGCCUACUUACCCAAUGAUGUACUUAACCUUAGUUGUAAAUAUGCAUUUUCCACUCGAAUUGCCUUCGAAGGAAUAGAAAAAAUAUUUUUUGGUGUUUCUACGAGUGAAAUUAUAGAUAACACAUGUCAGGUCACCGCUGAAAGUUCUCAAUGUGAAUCUCCAUGUUCUCUUAAAGAUGACUUGAACUUCCUUUACCAUGAAGGUAUCCUUUCUGAUAUGGAACUCCGUACAACUGAUCAAACAUUUCCCGUGCAUACUGUUAUCCUAAGUGCUAGAUCUCCAGUUUUUAGAAGAAUGUUCUCCACUGACAUGAAGGAGAGUGCAGAAAAAUGUGUGUAUGUUCCUGAUUUAGAUAGUGAUACCAUAAGGAGAAUGCUCAUGUUUGUAUAUACAGAUUCUUUCCAAAAUAUUCAGUGGGAAAAUGCAAUAAACUUAUAUGCAGCUGCGGACAAAUAUGAGCUUCUCUCUUUAAAGACCAAGUGUUCGUGCCUUUUGAAGACUAAUUUCUCCUCAAUCAAUGCCUGUGAGAUAUUAAUUCUAGCAGAUAUGCAUCAAGAUAAUUGUCUUAAAAAGGAUGCACAAGAAUAUAUUUUAAGGCAUAAUAAGAGCAUAUUUGCUUCUAAAGAAUGGGCGAUGUUGAUGGAUACGAACCCUAAACUGGCUGCGGAAACUAUGGGACUAAAAUUCUCGGAAGAAUAAGUAUUCUAUAAUUACAUAGUUAUUUUAUAGAAUGUAAAUUUAAUGAAAUAUUUUUAUUAUGUUAGAAGAUUCCCUGGUAAAAUUUCAAAUAUUGAUUUUUAUUGCCAUAUAAUAUUAAUUUAAUAUUAAAUUAUUGGAUAAGGAUUGCACAUUAAAUUUUACUCUUUGGUUACAGAAGCAAAUUCGUUGCUAAAUAUGCUUUAUACUAUAUUCUUCAAAAAAAGAAUUUAUUUCUUUAAAAAAAGUGACAAUAACAUAGAUUUAUUUGAAUUUGAAGAAGAAAAGAACUAAAAGAACCAAUCACAUUCCCUAUGACUCGGUUAUUUCAUUUUUAAAAUAUUUACAAAUUUUUUAUUUAUUAAAUAAAAUAACUAAAUUCUAUUUAUUCUAUAAAUAGAAUAACUUUUUAAUUAGUAAUUAUUAUUAAAAUGCAAAUGAACUAGAAAAGAAUCUGCAAUCCUUUAUCUGCUAUCCUUUGUGUUGCAAUUGUUCACGUAUGCAAAUAUAUGUUGUUGUUUUUUAAUUUCAAAAUGCAAUGGUUUCAAUAACAAUAGUAUAGGAAAUAAUGUUAUUAAUGUUUGU